UGGUGGUGAUGGUGGAGCAGGUGGUAGUCGGAUCGGUACUAGCAAAGACGGAAAUCCGAUGGCCACCAUCGCAGAAGAAGUAGUAGAUGGCACCGCUGUAUGAAUUGCAAAAAUGUCUGGGUCUGGAAGAAUGCAGAAGUUUGUCAUGCAGAUUUUCCAUGACCCAUGAGGUCUGUGAUGCAUGCCCUAGCAUCAAAGAUUCUGCGAGGGCUUUCUGAUGCUUAUACCGCAUGAGAAAUGCCCUCUCCGCGUAGCACAAAUUGCGCCUCUUAUGCUGUUCAUGCAAUACAGAUUUUAUGUAGAGUCCAAAGGUAGCAUCACAAAUCCCAUUCUUUCCAGACCCAGACACUUAUUUGCUUUUGAUACGCUGCGGACGGCAGUGAAAGUUACACUGGAGUGGCGGACACGAUUGGUACGCCGGCCAAUUUUAUCGCAAGAAAAAACUGUUUCACUGUAAACUUGUAAUGCAGAAAAUGCACCCCACAUCUGUUUGUCUUGCUACAAAUGCAAGACAGUGGAUUUUUGGCUGUGUUUUCCAUUAGGAACCUUGCAUGGCAAAUUUUCUCUGUCAUGUAGAGCAAAAUUGUGAUGCAAAACCUGCAAAACCCUUACAGUGAAGCGCUUUUUUCGUGCGACAAAUUUCACGGCGGACCCGAAGUCACCUCCCCCUCCAACUGGGUUUCUGCAACCGACUUUGAACACAGAGGUUUUGUCGCACUUAUCCGCGAGCGGCGGUAGUGUAGCUGGGUCUC